ACGUUUUUACGAGUUCGAGCAAACAGGCAAACAAGAUUGAAUGCACGUAUAGGAAAGAUGAAGAGGAGGAAGCCUGAGGAGGGCGGCCAGGUAUGUCCGCUGUGCAGCGCCCCCUUGGCUGGGAGCGAGGAAGAUAUGAGUAGACAUGUGGAACAAUGCCUGAUCCAGCGUGAGGGUACGCUAGGUGACGAUGACUCUGCAGAUGGAGAAAAUGGGCGGGGCUUUGAGGAGUACGAGUGGGGCGGGCAGAAGAGGAUCAGAGCCACAGCCUUGCUGGAAGGAGGCUUCAGAGGAACUGGUUUCGCCACGUGUAGCGUCAAGGAGAGCGCGGCAGACAGCGACGCAGACUUAGACGUGGACGGAGACGACACCUUGGAGUACGGCAAGGCGCAGUACACCGAGGCCGACAUCAUCCCCUGCUCCGGGGCCGGGGAGGACCAGGGGGAGGCCCGGGAGAGGGAGGCGCUACGGGGGGCCGUGCUCAACGGUGGGAUGCCUUCUAACAGAAUAACGCCUGAAUGCUCCAAAUGGGCCAGCGACGAGAUGCCUUCAACAAGCAACGGAGAAAGCAGCAAGACAGACCCCGGCACUCCUUCAUCCUCCUGCUCUUCCUCCUGCGCCCCGCGCACCUGUAAAAACAGCGAGAUCGAAAAGGUAACAGAGGAGGACUCCACGGCUACCACCAUGGACGCUCUGAAGGCUCGAAUCAGAGAGCUGGAGAGGCAGAUUCUGAGAGGAGACCGAUACAAGUGUCUCAUCUGCAUGAGGAAGCCUGCUAUCCAGUCAGGCGCAGAGAUCAAGAGCCUAGGGGUGUGGCCAGGGCCCCGGCCACUGGCCAAUGGGGUCGGAGAGAGGCAGCCUAAGUCCCUCCCCCUCGGCUUGUACUGCCUGUACAGGGGCCUUGUGAUUGGUGGCUACGGCAGCGGCAUAAAGAGGCUCCUCCCACAGCCCUUACGGAGGGAUUCCUACACCAUGCCGCUCACCUCCAUCCAGUGCUGGCACGUCCAUUGUGAAGAAUGCUGGCUCCGGACUCUGGGGAACAAGAAGCUGUGCCCGCAGUGCAACACCAUCACCUCGCCCGGAGACCUGAGGCGCGUCUACUUGUAAAGAGCACACCUCCCCUCCCCAUCCUCCUCGUCAUUCAGAUCCAUUCCUCCUCUCAUCUCGGACUUCAUCGCCCUCCCCGUCGAUGGUUCAUUUGUUUCUCCCCCUCUCCCUCAUGGCCUGGGUCAGCAGCUCCAAACCCUCCAAGAGCGGACAGAGACAAGACGGCCGUCUGAGACUCCACUGGCUCUUUUUCAGGAGGUUCAAAUAAGUGAAAGACUAAGCACUGACUCUCAACCACUCAAAAAAAGAUACGGAGACCUGCAUUUCCUCUGGUCACUGGCUUGUUUCCACACUGACUCCCUGUACAUGUAACAUGGGCUCCUCCACUGAAGGACUUAAAGUCAGUGGAAAGGCUCCGUGCUGCUGGAGCUGGACCUGAAAGGAACUCCUUCAUACAGAAUAUAAAGACUUCUUUGUUUCCCCCCCUAGCUCUUCUUUGAUGGUGCUGGACAACGGGCUCUACCCUGAAGACUUGACAGAAAGUUCCUUUUUUUUGUGCCCUGUCCCAGAGAGAAAACAUGACUCUCCCCUGUUGCUUAAGAGAAUACAAAAAAUAAAAAAGGCCUGUCCACUGAGCUUUCAACCAAACUGAGAAUAACCUCACGACCUUGAAAAGGAGUUGACACUCCUCUUCCUCCACCUCUUCUUCUCGCGAGCCCCCCCCCUCCCCCCUUUGUGGUGUUCUAGUGAAGUAAACCAAAAUGUCCCCCCUCUCCAAGAUGCGGUGCAAGCACAUGUAAUAUAGUUCUAUGUAUGUUUACAAUGUUGGGUGUAAAUGACAUAGAGUUCACACACACAUGUACACACACACAUUUCCAUGAGCAGACACACACAGAAGUAUAUAAUAUCAAAGUCCUGUUGUAAGUUGGAAGGGUCUGGGAAUGAUGUUUGGGGGGAAAAAAAUGGCUGGAAUAAAAGAAGCCUUCUGUAUUUUUAAAAAAAGAUCAUUUGAAGAUCUGUUAUUUCACUGUACAGGAAUGAAAACAUUUAAGUAAUAAUAAACUACUCAAGACUAGAUGGUCGAAGUUUAGGUGGUGUAAUUUUUCUGCAGAGUACCCUGAAAUACUGUAGAACACGAAGAAAAUAAAAACCUUUUGUUAGUUUUAUCGAAUGAAGAGUUUCCUAUUGCCCAAGAUUUACUGCAAACAAGCAGAACUAUGGAACUGUUCUUCUGUUGCAACGAAGUCCAACUGAGCCUCUCCUUUUAACCUCCAUCUCUGCUUCCUCUCAGCUGGAGUUACAUCAUGCUCACAUCAUAGUCUAGAAACAUUUUGGUUUUACCCCUACAUGUCUCAAAAGAAAGCUUUUCCCAUUGUUCUCAUACUGCUACGCUGCGAAAAAGGUCCCAAAACGGCAACCCCCGAAGAGCAGGUUGUUUCUAGCUAUAAAUGCUGAGGAAAGUUUCUGGAAAAGAAGGAUGGCCGAGGCUGAACUGGCAACUUCCAGAAUCCGCAGCAUUACCCCCUUCUCUUUACGGCAGCAGCAAAUAAGGUGGUGGUGUGCUUUGUGUUUGUAAAACUAUGUAUUCUGUGACGUCUGUAUUGUUGUAAGAAAUGCUGAAAAAAAAUGAAAAAAUAAAAGAUCUCAAAUACCA